AUGGUAGAUUUUAGCAAACGAACCUUUUGGAAUUUUACAUUAAAAGAUAUAUUAAGUAUUAUAUCUUCAGUUGCUAUACCCAUAGCUCUUGCUAUUUACACUGCAAUUGGGUCUCAACAACAAAAACAACAAGCUGAGAAAAAACAAAAGUUUGAUUUUGAACAAUCAACACAAUUAAGACAACAAACACUUUAUGAUGAAUUUUUAAAUAAUAUUUAUAAAUUAGAUAAAGAUGGUUAUCUCGAUGACACAAAAAAUCCAUGGGCAUUUGCAAAUGCAUAUUAUCGUGCUGCUCAUCGUCAAUGGGAUACAAUACGUAAAGCAGAUGUUCUACAAUUUUUUAAAGAAAAACAAUUAAUUGGUAGAAAUAAUUGUUCUGAUGGAUGUAGAACAACAAAAUUAGAUGAUAUAAUUCGUUUAAAUGAGUUAAACUUUGAUAACGUACACCUAGCAAGUGAAACUGGUACAUUAAAUAAGUUGAAUUUACAAUGUGUUUCUUUUGAUCAAGUAUCAAUGUCAAAUGCAGUAUUUUCAUUUGCCAGUUUAAACGGUGUAUCAUUUGAUGGAGGACGAUUGGAUAACGUUAAAUUUGACAGUUCAUCUUUGCUUUGCGCUAGUUUUAAUGGUACAAAUCUGUCGGGUGCAGAUUUUGGAAACUCUGAUCUGACAGGCACACAUUUUUCAAACAGUGAUUUGUCAGGAGCUAAAAUAACGGAAGAUCAAAUAAAACAGGCAUCUUUUUAUAAUGUAAUUAUGCCAAACGGAGAGAAGAGUGAAAUUUCAUCUUCAAUGACAACGAAAGAACCUAUAACAAAAACAACAACAAUAAUUAAAACAAAAAUAUCGACAACAGCAAUAGCGAAACCGACAACAACAACAUCAACAACGUCAACGUCAACAACAUCAACAACAACACCGUCAACGUCAACAACAUCAACAACAACGUCAACAACAACGUCAAUGUCAACAACAACGUCAACGUCGACAACAUCAAUAACAACGCCAACAACAACAACGUCAACAACAUCAACAACAUCAACAACAACAACAGCAGGAAAUCCAUGUGCAACUGGUAAUUAUCUUUGGAAUAAAUCAGGAAUUACUAUACUCGAUUCAUCACAAGUAACAAAUGUCGUGGAUAUAUACAUAGACUCAAAUAAUGCUUUAUAUAUUACGGAUGAGUACACUAACACUGCUGUAUGGAGAUUAUUGAAGAAUGCUACAACUGCAACGGUAAUUGCUGGAAUAAAAGACUCAAGAGGAUCAAGUAAUACUCAACUAAAUUAUCCUCAAGGUGUCUAUGUUGAUACAAAUGGAACUAUGUAUGUAUCUGAUCACUAUAAUUGCCGCGUACAAAAAUAUAUUAACGGAUCAACAGUUGGAAGCACCAUCGCCGGUAUAACGGGAUCAGGUGGAUCUUCAUUAAAUCAAUUGUACGGUCCACGAUAUAUUACUCUUGACCCAACACAAGAAUACAUAUAUAUCGCUGAUAGUAAUAAUCAUCGUAUUAUGCGCUACUCGACAAAUUCCACCUCAGGGGACAACGGAACAGUUGUCGCUGGUGGAAAUGGAGCAGGAAACACUAUCACAUCAUUAAGCUACCCUUGGGGUAUUUGGUAUCAGCCAUCUGUAAGUAGUGAUUUAUUUAUCACAAAUAAUGUUGGGCAUUCAAUAAUGCGUUGGACACCUGGUGCUUCUUCGGGUACUUUCAUUGCCGGUGUGCCAGGUAUAGCCAGCUCUAGCUCUACUCAUUUAAAUAGUCCGACGGGCAUUAAACUUGACAAAUAUCUAAAUAUGUUCGUUCUUGAUACAAAUAACCAUAGAGUUCAAAUGUUUUGUGCCAACAAUAAAACAGGCAUUACCAUUGCUGGAUCUGUUAUUGGUGGUAGUACUGCAACGACAUUUAAUAGACCAACAGGUAUUGCAUUUGACUCAGAUAUGAACAUGUAUAUUGCUGAUUUUGGUAACAGCCGUGUGCAAAAAUUUAUGAAGCUAUAG